AUGCAACUAUUCUCUUGGCCUCGAUCGCAUCUUCUAGAGAUUGGCGAUCAAACCUGGUGCCCCGCAUGGCUUCACCAACACGAGCAACUGGUUCUCACCCAACUGUGGAAUCUUCGAACUCCCGGGUGGAGCCAUGAAAGUCUCGCCAAACAGGCAUGUGCAGUUUUCAAAGAGCAUCUGAAAGAUCUUUCUUCGUAUACAGUUCUAGACAUCUGCGCCGGCGCCGGUGGGCCGACCCCAGUCCUCGAAUCAGAGCUCAACAAAGAACUCGAGUCCGAAGGCAAGGGCCCUGUUCAGUUUGUUUUAAGCGAUCUUUACCCCCAUAUUGAAGAAUGGGAGCGAAUUUCGAAGAAGCAGCUGAACGUCACGUAUAUCGAGGGCCCGGUAGAUGCUCGAGCUGUUCCUCGAUUUGCGGUAAGUUCGAAAAAAGAGUGUCGGAUUUUCAACAUCUGUUUCCACCACUUCGGAGAUGAAGAUGCAGCGGGAAUUCUGAAGAGUGCAGUCGAGACCGCUGACUCGUUUAUGCAAGUUAUCAUCGCAAUGAUACCACUUGAUUCAUUAACUAAUUCGAUUCCGUUCAGUAUAUUCGAAAUCACAUCACGCGAUCUUUGGACAUGUCUAUGUUCCCCUUUGGUCUUCUUUUGGACUUUCUUUGUAACUUUUGUUUGGUACUGGGAUUCGCCAGUCUAUCUCUUUUUUACAUUCAUCCUACCGGUGGCGCCUCUAACUAUCUUCAUUGAUGGGUUUAUAUCCUGUCUCCGAACCCGCACCGCGAAGGAAACCUGGCAACUACUGGAUCGGCCAGAUCUUGACCUUACCAACUGGACCUUCCACAGUGGGCAAAAGACUGUUUACUUUCCUUUUAUCACUUUAUAUUACCAUGUUGGCAUCAAAUCAUGA